GCGCACGGGGCGUGCGGGGCGUCCGCGGCGACGCUGCGGAACCGUCUGCGGCCCGGCGGCGGGAGCCCACCAUGCUCCGGGGCGCCGAGCUGCCUCUGCCCAUGUCUCCACCCGGGCCGGUCACAAGCGGGGAGGAACUCAGACCACCGGGCCCUUAGUUCUCGAGCCGAUUGCCUACUGAGUCUCUUAUGUAAAAUAGUGUGGGCGAGCGGAUGGUGAAAGUAUGACCGCCCUUUGUCCUUUAAAAACGAUCAUUGUGUUGCUAAGCCUGGGGACGCUGUUUUCUUUUACAAAGGGAAAUCUAAGUUCAUUUCAAGGCAUUCGAAAUGGGGAAAGACUAUUAUCACAUUUUGGGAAUUGACAAAGGAGCUACAGAUGAAGAUGUUAAAAAGGCUUACCGAAAGCAAGCCCUCAAAUUUCACCCGGACAAGAACAAAUCUCCUCAAGCAGAGGAAAAAUUUAAAGAGGUCGCAGAAGCGUAUGAAGUACUGAGUGAUCCUAAAAAGAGAGAAAUAUAUGAUCAGUUUGGCGAAGAAGGCUUGAAGGGAGGCGCUGGAGGUACUGAUGGACAAGGAGGUACCUUCAGGUACACUUUCCACGGAGAUCCUCAUGCCACAUUUGCAGCCUUUUUCGGAGGUUCCAACCCUUUUGAAAUCUUCUUUGGGAGACGGAUGGGUGGAGGUCGAGAUUCUGAAGAAAUGGAAAUAGAUGGAGAUCCCUUUAGUGCCUUUGGAUUCAGCAUGAAUGGAUAUCCAAGAGACAGGAAUUCUGUGGGACCCUCCCGUCUCAAACAAGACCCUCCCAUUAUUCAUGAACUUAAAGUAUCGCUUGAAGAAAUAUAUAGUGGCUGCACCAAACGGAUGAAGAUUUCUCGAAAAAGAUUAAAUCCUGACGGAAGGAGUUACAGAUCUGAGGACAAAAUUCUCACCAUUGAGAUCAAAAAAGGGUGGAAAGAAGGCACCAAAAUCACUUUUCCGAGGGAAGGCGAUGAAACACCAAAUAGUAUCCCAGCAGACAUUGUUUUUGUUAUUAAAGACAAAGAACAUCCCAAGUUUAAAAGAGACGGAUCAAAUAUAGUUUAUACUGCUAAAAUUAGUUUACGGGAGGCAUUGUGUGGCUGCUCACUUAAUGUGCCAACAAUGGACGGAAGAAACCUACCUAUGUCAGUCACUGAUAUUGUGAAACCUGGGAUGAGGAGAAGAGUUAUUGGAUAUGGGCUGCCAUUUCCAAAAAACCCUGACCAGCGUGGCGACCUACUGAUAGAAUUUGAUGUGUCCUUCCCAGACGUCAUAUCUGCAGCAUCCAAAGAGAUCCUGAGGAAGCAUCUCCCUGCCUCCUAGGAUGAGAAGAACCUUGCUAUCCAUAGUUUGAUAAGACACUGAAAAUAUAAAAGUACCGGCAGUUGACUGCUGUGAAUUCUGUGUAAAGAUGUGUAAACUCUUCUGAGGGCUCAUUAAACUGCAUGAAUAGACACAGUUCAAAUAGGCAACGUGGGUUUUUACAGUAGGGAUGAAAAGUCAUUCACUGUAUUUCAUUUCUCCCAAAUCAGAAAUUUUUAGUAUUUCAUUUACAAGUAAAAGUUGGUUUUGUGGUCUAUGGAUAUACUUCUAGUAAAUACUAGAUUAUCCAAGUACUGUGUGCAUGUGCGUGUGUGUGUGUGUGUGUGUGUGUACGCGCGCGUGUGUGUCUGUGUGUGCUCGUGUCUGUGUGUGUAUCUUUAAAUGAUCAGUGUGAUAGGCUCCUUUAAUAAAAAUUAAAAUUCUUAAGUGUAUAUGUAAUAUGUGGAGAAUAAAAGCCAAAGUCAUACAGAAAUGCAGUCUAGGUGACAUUCAGAGAUGCUGUGUUGGGCUGGUACCAGAAUGCAUUGAUGUGUGUGCUUUACCGUUGUGACUUCUCAAUAUUCUGCAGCGUUUCUUAAGAGCAUGGUUGUAAUGUUCGUAAAGCAGACCUCAUCAUAAGAAGAAAAUGAAUGACAUUUUCUCUCCUGUGGAAGUCCCAAUAGCCAGAGCUCCUGAUAUUUUAGAAACAGAUGGUUUUUAAGUGGCCACAUGUAAUUUUAUGCAGUUGACUAUAUAUCUUAAACUUAAUAAGCUCAUUUUGUGGUUCAUUAGUUUAAGGUAUUUGUUUACUAACAUGUUUUUAGAGAAAAUACUGUUACUUGGCAUUAAUUGUCCAUUUACAGUGUUCUGUUAAGUUCCUCAUGCUAUGCACCUUACAUAAUUUCCCUAAAGAACAGUCAUCUAUCACUGUGGUGUUAAACCGCAAUCUGGAUAUAACAAACACCAUCACUGCUUGUGGGUAAUGUGCUGUCAUCAUAUAAAUAUUCUACCUUUUCAUGUAUAUAGAUUGCAUUUCUUAGGUGUUUUAAUUUUUAAAAUAUAUUUACAUUCUAAAAAAUUACUGUCUUCUGUUUUAUAUCUAUCAAAAGUGAUGUUAUGAAAAAUUUUUUGUAAAACAGUUUUCAGAAUGAUAUAUAUCUAUACAUAAAUAUAUAUGGUAUACUGAGUCCUAUAGUCUUUUUAAUAGAAUGUGAAGUUAUUUAGAAAUUCUGUAUAAAAUUAUAGUAAGCGUAUACCUUGUGGCUUUAUUGAAAUAGAAUUCUCAUAAGAUAAAAUUCACACUAACCUCCCUCAUUUUUUUGGUACUGUUGACUGACGUCAGAGCUGCGUGCACACUAAGUGCCUCCCACCGUGGAGCUGUGCCCAGCCUCCCCCUCUCUCUCUCUUUCUUUGUGGUGUAGUUUUGAAUUUCGUGUAUCCACAGACCUGUGCAGUCACCAUGAACAGCUUCUGUGCCCCCUCUCCCCUCAGCCCCUGGAGCACUGAUCUGCUUUUCAAGAUGGAUUCUAUUGUAGAAUAGAAUCGGUCGGCAUGCGGCUCCUUUAUUUGCUGUCGUUCACCCAGCACAGCACUGUUCUCAAGGUCCAGUCUGGCCUCAUUAUCAGUAACUUCAUCCUUUGUGUGGCAGAUCAUGUACUUGGGUAGAAUCCCAUUUGGUCAGCUUACCUCUUCUUUGGUGUUUUGGGCAUCUGGGUUCUAUCUACUCAGUAUGAAUAAUGAUGCUAUGAGCAUUUGUAAACAAAUUUCUGUGUGGAUAGACUGACUGCAUUCUCUGAGGUACAUAGUUGAGAGUGGAAUGGUUAGGAAAAGCUACAUCCAUUAGUUGCAAAUAGAAAAUGUUAAAAAUGCCAGAGAGUUGAGGUAAUCGCACCAUCUCCUUGAACAUCAUGGAAAUUCACACAGAUAUAAAGAGCUAAAGUCUUGGAGUGAUGGUUGUAGUUCAUAUUCGAAACCACAUACCCACAGUAUUCAACUUUUGAGUUGUUUGAGGGGGGCAGGGUGUGUGUGUGUUUGUGUCUGCUUGUUUGGAGGUAGGGUCUUACUAUGUAGCUCUGGCUGGUAUGUUGCUCCAUGUGACUCAAGUUCACGAUAAAUUUAUGGGAAUUUUUCUCCCUGCCUCAUAGUGGCUGGAAUGAAUGGCAUGUGCCAUUCACACCACACAGGCUUUGAACCAACAAUUAUUAUUGCAGUCUUAUUGAGUAAACAUUUUCUCUGAGCCAAAAUAAAGGGUUUAUAAACACAAAUAAUCUUUCAGUUAGUUCCUUUAGUAAUAAUUAUUCUAACAAUCAAUCAAUCAAUCAAUCAAUCUGUACUACUCUUAGGGCUGAGGGUAGGGUUCGGUGACAGUAGUAGAAUAAAUGUACAAAAUAUAUAAAUUUAGAGGAAACAUGCUUCCGAGUGUAGUAAGUGCCCAUUGUUUUGUUAAAUAUUGAAUUAAUACUGACAGUAAAAUGUUAAAAAUUUUCAGAUUUAAACUAUGAGAGUACUUUUGACUUCUAAGAUGUUCCUUUUAGGGGCUGGAAAGAGGGCUCAGAGGCACUUGCCUCUCGUGAGUGGACCUGGGUUCAGUUCCCAGGACACACUUGGAGGCUCCCAGCCGUCUGAAACUCCAGUUCCAAGGACACCUCUUUGGUCUCCAUGGGCACCAGGCAUGCAUGUGGUGCACCUACAUACAUGCAGACAAACACAGCAUCCUUUUUUUUUAAAAUUCUUUUAAAGUGUUUAAUUUACUAGUCCUUGCAUAGCUCAAAUGAUUUUGCAGCAUAAUGAGUCCAGUAAAGCUUCUUAUUAAAGAUGUUUGUUAAAAGAACACAUAUCCACGGGUCUUAUGGCUUUCCAGGGCAGGUGUUGUAUUUGGUAGCUCUGUAGCUGAGGAACAGUUUUCUUAGGACGGUUCUAAGCGAGACGCACUGUUCCAUCACAUCUGCCCUCCCUGCCACGUGGUGCUUCGUAACCCAUGGCCUUGAAAGCAUUGGGCUCUGACAUCCACAUUAGCUUGUCUCUCUGGCUAUUAGUCGGUCUUGGAGGCAAGGGGUUGAACAAGCCUCUUGUUUAUUCUUAGGAAACUGUCAUUGGAAUGUUUGUGAUUGGAUGAAAUGAAAUUAGUGCAAGUGAUUGGACUCAGUCAAUGGCCUUGAUGAAACACUCCUCUCACAUUUCAGGAAUUACCUGCUCAGUCUUGGGGAGUCAAGGCCAACAUGGCUUUCAUUCAAUAAUAGAUAAUGUAGUAUGGCUGACUAUCUUCACAAUCUCUCUCUCUGUAUGUGUGUGUGUAGGUGAACACGUGUGUUUAAGCAAAUGUCUUAACACGAACUAAUAUUAAGAUAGGAAAGAGUAAUUUAUGCUGUUUAUAACAAUGACAAAUACACAAAAUUUAGAUUCUUGGCUUACAAUAUUUAUAUUUAAAUUAUUUAUAUUUAAUACUGAAGUUUUGUAAAAUUGAUUCAGGGAACAAGACUAGAAAGUUACUUUGCCUGGGUUUCUAACGCCCUUUAACCUUUUUUGAAACUCUUUUCUUCUAGUUUUUUCUAAAAAUUAAAUUUGUCUUUUGACAAUACCAUAAAUGAA